AUGGGCAAAGUGUUUGGGCUCCUGAAAAUUUCCCAAUCAGUCCUGGUUGAGUCUCAGCAUUUCUCGGCAGACCCUAUUGAGAAGAAGCAGGAGAACAGCAACAUGAAGAAGAAGAGGGAGCAGCUACUAAAACAGUUUGGUGCCUGGGACUGCCCUCAGGACCCAGUUGGUUUACACAACAUUGGACAGACAUGUUGCCUUAACUCCCUGAUCCAGGUAUUGAUCAGGAACAUGGGCUUCACCCAGAUACUGAAACGGAUAACAGUACCAAGGGAAGUGGAAGAGCAGAGGAGAAAUGUCCCCUUCCAGCUGCUCUUACUGCUGGAGAAGAUGCAGGACAGUCGACAGAAGGCAGUGCGGCCCAUGGAACUCGUCUAUUGUCUCCAGAAGUACAAUGUACCAUUGUUUGUCCAACAUGAUGCUGCUCAACUCUACCUCACAGUCUGGAACCUAAUUAAGAGCCAAAUCACUGAUGUGGACCUGGUGGAGAGACUGAAGGACCUGUAUACGAUUCAGAUGAAGGAGUCGUUGAUUUGCCUUGAAUGUACGGUAGAGAGUAGCAGAAACAAUAGCAUGCUGACCCUCCCACUUUCUCUUUUUGAUAUGGACUCAAAGCCCCUGAGAACACUGGAGGAUGCCCUUCACUGCUUCUUCCAGCCCAGGGAGUUUUUGAACAAGUGCUUCUGUGAGAACUGUGGGAAGAAGACCUGUGGGAAACAGGUCUUGAAGAUGACACAUUUGCCCCAGACCUUGACAAUCCACCUCAUGCGGUUUUCCAUCAGGAAUUUGCGGACAGAAAAAAUCUGCCACUCACUCUAUUUCCCCCAGAAUUUGGAUUUAAAUCAGUUUCUUCUGACUGAGAAGGACCUCUGCAAUGCUGAGUACCAGCUUGGAGAACAGUAUGAACUCUUUGCUGUGAUUGCCCAUGUGGGGCUGGCUGACUUCGGUCAUUACUGUGCCUAUAUCCGAAAUUCUGUAGAUGGAAAAUGGUUCUGCUUCAACGACUCCAGUGUUUGUUGGGUAUCCUGGGAAGACAUCCGGUGUACCUAUGGAAAUCAUAACUGCCGCUGGCGGGAAACUGCCUAUCUUCUGGUUUACAUGAAGACUGAGUCCUAAUGGAUGUACCCUAAAUCUUCAAAGACUGACCAAGAAUCAUUUUCCUUGUCUAUUCCUGAAUCUGCUCUUUUAAGAGAUUUUACAAUGAAGAGAAGCACUGUUUUCAAAUUGUAUAAUUAAACUUUAUUUGUAAUCAGGGGUGAUUAUCAAAAUUUUUAACAGUGAUACUCUACAGGUCUUGAUCAGUCAGAAUGGAUGUUUCCACCAGUGGACUCUGGCCACAUGGUUGGAGCAGUGUCUUGUGUGUUCCCUGCUGUGCAAGACAUUAAUCUUUUAGUUGAGAGCUUGUGGGAGUCCAGAUGCUUUCAGGAAAGGAGAGAGCUGGCUAGCAGUGGUAGUGGGAAGCUUUCAGGUGGCAAGAGGCAAUGGUAGGGAAGCAUUUAAAUAUUUUACAACUAGUGUGACUGUACUGGUAUGUAUUGGCUGAGUAUAAUUUCUGUUUAUACCUUUUAAAUGUAUUCUUAAAACCCAUGUUAAUUUCAUAAAACUCGGGUGUUUUAUACUUGUUAUUCAAAUAUGUGCUGAUCACUCUCUAUAAGAUUGCAUGCUAGGCACAAUAAUGAAUAAACUUUUUUUCUCUCAAA